AGCGAUGAGGCUGUGUUUGGGAAAAACCGACGGCAGACAUGCGAGAUUUGUGAGCCGGGGUGCUGCCAGGUCUUUACGAGGGAUGGAGUGGGAGAGGCCGUGAGUACGAAUGUGAGACAUGAUGGCAGAGCCCCCAAAAAAGGAAAUUGCUUCACAGCGUGGAGGAGGAGGAGGAGAAGAAGAAGGCGCUGCUCCUACUGUGGUUGCAGCGACCACAACCACGGUAGCCAAGAAUCUGGCAUUCCUCAAGGCCCAUUCCCUGGAUAUCAAGUUUGAAGUGGGCGAUGAGUAUGAUAUCAUAGAGACCAUCGGAACAGGAGCCUAUGGGGUGGUCUCCUCAGCAAGAAGGCGGGCGACAGGCCAGCAGGUGGCCAUCAAGAAGAUCCCCAAUGCAUUUGAUGUGGUGACCAAUGCCAAGCGGACAUUGCGUGAGCUGAAGAUCCUCAAGCACUUCAAACACGACAACAUCAUUGCAAUUAAGGAUAUUCUGAAGCCAAAUGUGCCUUAUUCUGAAUUCAAGUCUGUAUAUGUGGUCCUGGACCUCAUGGAGAGUGACCUCCACCAAAUCAUUCAUUCCAGCCAGCCACUAACUCUGGAACACGUUCGCUAUUUCCUGUACCAGCUGUUACGGGGGCUCAAGUAUAUUCACUCGGCCAAUGUAAUCCACCGGGACCUGAAACCAUCCAAUUUAUUAAUCAAUGAAAACUGUGAGCUGAAGAUUGGGGACUUUGGCAUGGCACGUGGUCUCUGCACCCAUCCAGACGAGUAUAAAUAUUUCAUGACGGAAUACGUGGCAACACGCUGGUACAGGGCACCUGAGCUCAUGUUGUCACUGCACAAGUAUACACAGGCUAUUGACAUGUGGUCCGUUGGCUGCAUCUUUGCAGAGAUGCUGGGUAGGAAGCAGCUGUUUCCUGGAAAGAACUAUAUCCACCAGCUUCAGCUGAUCAUGACUGUCCUUGGCACCCCAUCCAACGAGGUGAUUUUGUCCAUUGGAGCGGACCGGGUACGUGCCUACAUACAGAGCCUGCCAUCUCGGCAGCCGAUACCGUGGAGCGCUCUCUAUCAGGGCGCUGAUCAGUUAGCACUGGAUUUGCUGUCUAAGAUGCUGCGCUUUGACCCUAGGGAGCGUAUAGCUGUGGUGGAUGCUUUACGUCACCGCUUUCUGGCAAAAUACCAUGACCCUGAUGAUGAGCCCACCUGUGUGCCUGCGUUUGAUUUCGACUUUGAUAAGCAGGCACUCACUAAAGAUCAGAUCAAAGCUGCUAUCCUGGAGGAGAUCAGUGACUUCCACCGGAAGCGGGAAGGAAUCCGGCGGCAGAUCAGCUUUAAGCCGAUCCUCAGGCCAGCGCCUUCCAAUGGGACUCCGGAAGAUGUGGACCCUCUGGUGGCUGUCACAUGCUCCAGUGACGUGGAUAUGCCUAGUGCCAACUCCGAAAAUGGACAACCGGAGACUAUUGAUUUAACCUCCCCCAUUAAUGAGCAGGAGGAGGCAGUGGUGGGCCCUGCUGGCAUGUCCAACCUCCCUGUUUUGCCCGUUGUGCCAACUGCUGGAGCUCAGCCGGAAGCAGCCGAACCUCUGAGAAGCAAGCCCAUUAAGACAGAGUCUGAACCGGUCCCCAAAAAAGAGGGUGCCAUUUCAAAUGAAACCAAGCUUGCUCUUAAGGAGGCCCUGAUGAAAUCGGCUCGGAGACAGAAGAUCAAAGAUUCAGCUUCCACUGGGGGCCCCGUAGAUGGUGGGCCUAGUCUUCCUGGUGGUCUUGGAAUGGGAGGCUGUGGACUGGUGGGAAGUGGAGUGAUUGCAGCAGGGACGUGUGAUUCCCGGAAGCCUGUAACUGCUCAGGAACGGCAGCGAGAGAGGGAAGAGAAGCGCAAGAAGCGGCAGGAGAGGGCAAGGGAACGUGAACGGCGACAAAAGGAGCGGGAGCGUAAAGAGGGCAAACAGGGGGAAUCUCUUGGUGGGGUUCUACUCAGCGAGAAUGACAAAAAUCUGCUGGAGAGGUGGCGCAAGAUGAUGGACAACAAAGCGCAGAGAGCAAAGGAAGAAGGUAUAGCCAAGGAUGCCAAAAAAGCUGCACCCAAUGUACAUGCCCCACAACCCUCCAUGUCAGCCAGUCAGGAGUUCCUCCAUCUACAAGGCACCUUAACAAAUGGAAUCCAGUUAACCAAACCAACAAAUGUCAAUUUUCUUACCCUACAGGAAAAAUUAGCUGCUCCAGGUAACAACAGUCUGAGCCUGGCACCAGUCGUUUCGGAGGUGCCUGUUGUUCGCCCACUCGGUGUAGUUUCAACAGCAUUGCUACCGCCUGCCAAAGAGCCCCAGAAUGUAUUACACUACUUCCCCCAACAGCCAGCUGCAGUUUUUAGUGCCUCCACUAGCCAGCAGGUGGCGCCAGAAAGUCAAACACAGAGUGCCAGUAAAGCUGCUGCCACAAACUUUCCAAAUAGUACCAUAUUCUCUGCUGGCUUUGGCCUCCAGACCAUCCAGUCUUGGACUAAUACCACUGGACACUCACAAAACAUGAUUGUGCCACCUCCUGUACCAGCACAACCCCCAGUUGACUCGUUUGGAAUGUCCCUUGUGUCUCAGGGGGCUCCUAGGCCAGUGCCCCAGCUUGGACAGGUGGGUUUGACACAGUUUAUUGGAAAAGCCACAGGCCCACUACCCAGGGAAGGCCUGAGAACAGACACUGGCACGGCUGCCUCUAACAGCUUCUUAAGCCACCCCUCCAAAGUGCCUGCUAAUGCAUCCUGUUUGCAACAGAGAGUCUUUGCUCCAGCUCUCCUGCCUCCCGUGCAGCCCGUUGGUAUUCAGCCCACGGGGAUGAAGUCUGCAGCGGGAUGUCACCCACCCCAGCCUCCAUCGCAAAUGCAGCUUUCUUCGCCAGACACGUCAAACUCCAACUCCCCUGAUAUUCACACCGUCACGCUACAGCUCUCCAAGUCACAGGUUGAGGAUCCCUUGCCCCCUGUUUUCUCGAUCACUCCCAAGGGCAGUGGGGCAGGCUACGGUGUGGGCUUUGAUCUGGAGGAAUUUCUCAAUCAGUCCUUUGAAAUGGUGUCAGAAAACCGAGACAGCCACAGCGACUCUGCUCCUCUCUCGGCAUCCCUGCUUGCGGAUUGGCUGGAGGUGCACCGCAUGAACCCAGACGACAUGGAGUCCCUGCAGCAGGAGCUGCAGCUGGGUUCCCCCAUGAUCCUCUCUGAUAUCCCAGACCUCCAGGACGCCUGAGACUUCUCAGCAAGCUUUCUGCAUCCCAGUGUGCUUCUUCAAUGAGCCAUGUAAAACUGUAUUCACCUCUGAGUGUUAUUUUUUAAUAAUUAAACAGAAAAAUGUACACCUGUAAA